AUGUUAGACGAGUGCAAAUCACCGGCUACUGGUGGUCCUGAUGGCAGAAAUGUUCUGCAUGCUGCAACCAUACGCAAAGAUGAAGAAAUGAUUAAAGAAAUCCUAGGAAAAAUGGGAGGAAAGGGAGCUCAAAUGUUGGAAGAAGCAGAUGAAAUGGGCUGGACUCCAUUACACCAUGCUGCAAAAAUGGGAUAUCUUCCUGCAGUAAAACUGCUUCUAGAAUUACCAAUUGGUAGAGAAAAAGCAGCCUACAAGAAAGAUAAACAAGGAAACACUGCUCUUCAUCUUGCAGCUGCUUUAAAUUGUAAGGAGAUAAUAUCAGAAAUUAUAAACUGGUGUCCAGAAUGCUAUGAAUUAGUGAACGAAGAAGGCCGGAAUAUUUUACACUCUGCGGUGCAGAACAAUGACGUCUAUCAACUGGCAGUGUACACUAUACUGAAAACGAAUGCAUUCAGCAACUUGUUAAAUGAAAAGGAUGCUAAAGGGAAUACACCGCUCAAUCACAUUGCCAUUUCACUUAAUAGUGACCGGCUUGAUGAUCUCAUUGACCACCCUAGAGUGGAUAAGAUGGCAUUCAACAAACAAAAUCGAAAUGCCUUCGACCUUGCUUCCACUUCUAAAGUUUUUGCACCAAGGAAGAAAUACUUUAAACGACGUUUGCAAAAACACGGUCUGAGGUUGGGCCUUCGAAUACCUCGCUUAAACAAUGAAGUGGAAGAAAAUGGACGGGAAAACUCCGCUUUAAAUGAGCUAGAAAAAGCACAAAACACUAAUUUGAUAGUUGCUGCACUGAUUGCCACAGUAACUUUUACAACGGGUUUUACUGUACCUGGAGCCUUUGCCCUCACUACCUUGGCCAUGGCAGCCAUGGUGGCUGCAUUUGUUACAGGCACAUGUGUCAUUGGAUUUACCACUCUGCCGCCUCAUGUUGGACAUGGUUUGUGA